AUGGGUUUCCUUCUUCUUCUAGGGAUCAGCCGUGAGUCUAUUGCCAGGGUUUUAUUUGUAUACAUGGGACAGAGUUGUGUCAGGAUUUUUUUUACAUCAAUCUCCAAACUGCAGUGUUGUAAAAAGACAGAUUUGGACAAUGACGAUGCCAGAGGAAAUGUGCACCUUAUCACUACAAUAGCCAGCUGGGAGGAAAAGAUAUCAGAAUCAAUCAAGGAUCACAAAAUUGUUUUGGCAAACUUCAGUGCUAAUUGGUGUACCCCUUGUAAAAGAAUAGCACCAUUUUACAGUGCCAUUGCUCAUAAAUAUCCUUCUCUCAUAUGUUUAACUGUAGACGUGGAUCAACUUCCUGAAUUCAGCAGUUCAUGGGGGAUCAAAGCCACCCCAACGUUCUUUUUCCUUAAAGAUGGACGACAAGUAGACAAACUUAUUGGAGCAGACAAGGAGGAGCUCAAGAAGAAGGCAGCUGCCAUCUCUAGUCUUCUUAAAAGAUCACCUACUUGACUCCAAUCUGUCCCAUCCGACUUUUGAUGAUAACCAAUUAGUUUGGUGGGCAAGGGAGACUGAGUUAAAUGCAUUGAUAGAGGAGAGAACAAUCAGUUCCAUAGCUUCGCUGUUGAGUGGGGAUAUUUAUUCAGCGUUUAGAUAUAAUAUGGAGCAUUUUUGGUAAUAUAGUUUGGUGAACACUGGAUUUCAAAAUCAGAUUAUGUAUCUUUUGGAAAAAAUCACAUGUAAUUAGUUGUUUGUUUAGUUUAAUGGUAGUGAGCAGGUAAUGUGCUGUACUGUUUACAAGUUUAAACUUAUAAAUAGGUGAGGUUAAAGUUGGGUGUAAAAA